AUGCCGAUACCAACAACACCCACUCCAACUUUAUCAGACAAUGUUGCAAGUUCAUUGGAAGAAAUGACUGAACUUAUAUGUUGCUUGGAGGGUAUCACCGACGAUGUUGCCACGAACGGGGACAACUCAUCUUUUCAGUUAGCUGCCAAAAUCACCUCGGAGCUACUAACUUGGAACGGUGACGCAACCUGGAAUACAAUCAAUCAACUGAGUGAUGCUAGUCCCAUCAGCCUGUUGGACAGACUGGAUGAUGUGGCACAAGUAAUGGGAUCUCAACUCGAAGUCGGGGAGGUGUUGCGGGCAGACACACCGACUAUGAGUUGCAUUCUGGAGUCCAAUACUGUUGAAGAAUUUAGUCAGAAAGAUUGGAUCUUUAAGCCAUUUCAAAACACUCAGGAGCAAAUUACUAUCAAGGGAUCUGAUCUUCUCAGCUCGGGACAAAACAAAACAAAUAAAAUAUCCAUUCUGGGUGUUGCUCAUACCAACAUUACUGAGAUACUCAACAACCAUCAAACAGGAACCAACGAUAAUAUCAUCGCGGAUGUGAUUUCUGCAACAGUGUUUACUCCUACUGGACGAUUCUCAUCGCCAGCAUCUUUCAAGCGACAAAUCACAAACCUUACGGGUUCCGUGAAUGCAUCAAUGGAAAGAGUAUCGUUUUGUGGAUUUUGGGAUGACUUUCUAUAUGAUACAGAGAUAGGUGGAUGGUCAACAGAAGGAUGCCAGCGUGUGGACGUUCUUGAUGAAGAAUUUAUUGAGGACAAUGUUGGCGAUUUGGUCUCUUGCUACUGUAACCAUACCACAAACUAUGCCAUUUUGAUGCGCAUUGUACCAAUAAGAGUCCGACGCCGCAGAAAAGUCACCACUUCAAAGCCAACUGAACCGGUGAAGCACACCACUAAUUUACUGACCACCACACCCCCUCCAAUAGUAACUACUGGGGAAGCAACUACCACCACACCGACUACUACAUAUCCCCCCAAAGUCACUACCGAAGCAGUAACUGAAGUUAAGCACACCACUAUUUUUCCGACUACAACAUCCCCGCCCAUAGUAACUACUGGGGCAGUAACCAAUUCAAAACCAACUAAAUUCUUUAAGCACACGACCCUUAUAUCGACUACACGAUCCCCUAAACCAACUACCUGGGCAACUGAAGCUAUCACAAAACCAACUAAAUUCUUUAAGCACACGACUCUUAUACCGACUACUAGAUCCCCUAAACCAACUACCUGGGCAACUGAAGCUAUCACAAAACCAACUAAAUUGAUUGGGCACACCACUAACUUACUGACUUCUUCGCCCCGUCCCAUUGUAACUACUUUGGCAGAAACUAAAACCACCUCAAAGCCAACUGAAAAGCACUCCACCGGUUUAUCGACCACCACAGCCCCUAAACCAACUAUUCACGUAGUAACUACUGAAGCAGUUACUGAAGCAAAGAGUGCAUCCUUCAAUCCGACCAAUCAAGCCACAGCACGUGACGUCAUCUCAACCAGCAACCAAUCAGCUGCAUCCAAUUCAAAUGUCUCAGUCAUCAAUGACACAGUGACUGAUGAGUCAUACUAUUAUUACUACUACUACUACCCAGUGGACGCCGUUUCUGAGAGCAUCUUGGAUGUUCUAAACUUGAUUGGGUGCAUCAUGUCCAUCGUUGCUCUGAUUGUAGCUCUGGUAUGCUUCAUCGUAUUCAGGCACUCUUCCUUGGAUACAGAACGCAUUCUAAUUCACAUGAAUUUGAUGGGAUCUCUACUCAUAGCGAUGACACUCUUUCUUAUCAGUUUGCUACUGACUUCUUAUUUGAUACCAUGUAAGAUCAUCGCAAUGGUACUGCACUACCUAUACCUAGUAGUGUUUUCUUGGAUGUUAGUGGAAGGCAUCCAUCUUUAUCGACUCAUCGUCACAGUGUAUGGGAGUGAGAAACAAAUGGCCAAGUUCUAUUGUUUACUUGGAUGGGGUUCACCGUUGCUGAUUGUGGGUAUUUCGUCAUCAGCGACUCAGCUGAAAGGUUAUGGAGUUCCUAAUCUAGCGUGUUGGCUAAGUGCAGAGGAUGGCUUUAUUUGGGCUUUUGUUGCACCAGUUUGCGUUAUUAUGCUGGUGAACUUCCUUGUAUUGUGCAUGGUGAUUAAAACUACGGUAACGGCAUUGAAUGUUUGCAAGGUGGAUAACAUGACAAAAGUUAAAACUGGUUUGCGUAGUUCGCUUGUUUUGUUACCUCUGCUUGGUAUUUCAUGGGGAGUUGGGCUCGUUGCACAUCUUCAUGUAGCAUUUCAAUACACCUUUGUUUUAAUGAACAGUUUUCAGGGAGUUUGGCUGGUCACUGUCUGUUGCGUGAUGAAUGGUGAAGUACGUAACGCGUUCAAGAUUGGUAUUAAGAAGAAACUGGGAAGAUAUUCAGGAUCUGUAAGCGCCACAGUUACUCUAUCAACUUCAGACAGCACUUGUAAAACCGGAAUGGAUGGAAAAUCAACACUGACAGAAGUUGGCCAAUGAUUUGAACCAAAUACAUCACGGUCCCUGAUGGCUCCUCACUAAUCUAUUUACAGAACUUGAUCCAUGCAUAUUAUCCAUCUCGCAGACUUAAGCCUCUUUCACACAAGAGCAAUUUAUCAAGGGUCCCUUGCUAAAUUGUACCAUGGUUCUAAAAUGUCAUCUCGUG